UUAAAAAAAACGUAACAAUUUCGAGGUUAUUCAACUGUCAAAUCGUUUUAUGUAUUUUGUGAUCGACGAAUGAAAAAAUCAACGAACCAGAUAUUAAUUUAUAUGUUUAAAUUGAUUUUUUUAUUGGCCUCGUGACCGGGAUUGUUAGAUAUUAUAUUAUAUGUAUCAAAAAAGGAUAUCAAAUGUUACGUUAUGGUAUUUACUGAUUCUACACAUUCGGGUUUCUGGAUACACAGGAACCCCUAAGCUAAGGAAGGUGACGCUUGAGGACAUUUUUGUUUUCACCAAUCAUACAGGACAAUUACAAGAUCAGACGAGUUUUAGAACAAACACACUGUUUGACGAUGCAGACGAUAUUCAGAGACAACUCGAUAACGAAGCUAGGGAUCGUAUUAAGUUUGGGAGACCAAAAACUAUUUGGGUAUUCCAUUUUCCAACGCAUUUUCCAGACCGCAACUCUAUAGAUGAGGAACCUCCCGAAGACCAAAUAAGAUGUCCACGAGAUUUAAUUCUAAGAAAAAAACCUCGAGAGGAAGUGGAAUAUGAUGAAAAAGCUGCUAUGGAUUUGAUGACACCACCACCGAUGGCUUUGUAUUGGGAUUACACAACUCAAGCAAAAUGGACAACUGCGUUCCCAGACUGUGGUGGAAAAUCCCAGUCUCCCGUAGAUUUGCCGGUAGCUGGCCUUAUAAAGGCAAGAGGUGCAAGAUCACUACUUUUUCAAAACUACGACGUAGAGGCACAAAAAAUGACCUUGAUGAAUGAUGGUAAACGAGUAAUGCUUUUCGGUGAAUGGAAAAGCGAGCAGCGUCCUCUGAUCUACGGAGGUGCAGCCCAUAGUCGGCGGUACCUGUUCCACUCCCUCACGCUCCAUAUGCCGGCAGAACAUACAGUAGGAGGCCUUCAAUACCCCGUAGAAACUCAAGCAUUCUAUGUGUCAGCUGAGUAUAGGGACCUCGAACACGCUCUGGAGGCAUCUCCUAGCGAUCCACAAGCAUUUCUUGCAGUUGCUAAUAUGUAUAAGUAUUCAAACUACUCACACAAGGGAUUAAUAGAAAUAUUAAAAGUAUCGAAGUCAGUGCGUUAUCGCAAUGUUACAAUUAAAAAGAAACCUCUCAGUUACUUCAAUCCUCCCUUCAAAGAGUACGUUUGCUACCAAGGUUCCAUGUCCACUCCGCCUUGCACCGAGUCUGUUCUCUGGCUCGUUAGAGGAAGGGCUCUGUCUGUCAUGAGAGAAGCGGUGGAAGAGAUCCUCAUGAAGACACAGUCAGCACCACAACAAAUGUCUUUCCGUUCUAUUCAACCGUUGAAUGACAGAAAAGUGUAUUAUUUCAAAUGAGUGAGGGAGUAAGAAGAUGUCGGUCUCAAUUGCUAGACUUUGCUUUCUCACAUACAAAUGAAUGUCAAGCAUGCCAAGAUUUGUGUAUGGGCAAACGAUCAGACGGCUUACCUGAUGGUAAGCAAUCGGAGUCCUGCAACGCAGAAGAGUUACUGGUCGAGUUGACUCAUUUGUAUCGAAAGCUCUCACGAUUAGCUCUCACGUGUGAAAAGAUACCUUAUUCUGUACUAUUCAUGGUUUUGUUUUGUUUCUUUCAGUAUUACAAAAAUGAUUAAAAAACAUUUUUUUCUUUUGUAACUUCUAAGUUUUUAGAAUAAGAAUAUAUCUUUUCGUUUCUU